AUGCGAUUCCAAAGCUUUGCAGUUGUUGGACUUCUGUCUGGCUCUGCUCUGGCCGUACCUAGAGUCAGUAAACGCUCUGAUCCGGCAAACAGCGGGCAGCCCAUCAACAACGAGAAUGGCAGAGGUGCUCCUCUGCUAGGUGGAACCAACAAGGCCGUGGACCUCCAGAAUCCAGAUCAACUCCGCACCCCGACCACUGACAAUGGCUUCGUCCCUAAUGUUAAGUGGAGUUUCUCCCAGUCGCAAACUAGGUUGUUCCCUGGUGGUUGGUCCCGCGAGCAGGUCAUUCAAGAUCUGCCACAAAGCCAUGAUAUUGCGGGUGCUCAGCAGCAUUUGAAGAAAGGCGCAACCCGUGAGCUGCACUGGCAUCGCGUGGCUGAAUGGGGAUUUGUCUACAACGGAUCCCUUCUUCUCACCGGUGUUGAUGAGAAUGGAGGUUUCACAACUGAGAAGCUGGAGACUGGUGAUAUCUGGUAUUUCCCCAAGGGCGUUGCCCACAACGUCCAGGGUCUCGAUGAUGAGAACGAGUACCUGCUUGCUUUUGAUGAUGGUGAUUUCGAGAAGAUCGGAACUACCUUCAUGGUCGAUGACUGGAUUACUCACACUCCUAAGGAAAUCCUUGCUAAGAACUUUGGUGUCAAUGCUUCUGUCUUUGACAAUGUCCCCGCCAAGUUCCCAUACAUUUUGAAUGGCACUGUCAGCUCGGACCUUGCCAAGGCACCCGAGGGUACUCUCAAGGGCAAUAGCUCUUAUGUCUACCACACAUACAAGCAUCCCUCCGAGCCCGUCCCGGGCCAUGGUGGGACCUUCCGCAAGAUUGACUCCACAAACUUCCCGAUCUCAAAGACCAUUGCAGCUGCAAUUGUUGAGCUUGAGCCAAAGGGUCUGCGUGAGCUCCACUGGCACCCCAACGCUGAGGAAUGGCUGUACUUCCACCAAGGCAAUGCGCGAGCGACUAUUUUCAUUGGCGACUCCAAGGCUCGCACCUUCGAUUUCACUGCUGGCGACACUGCUGUCUUCCCCGACAACAGCGGUCACUAUAUCGAAAAUACCUCCGAGACCGAGAAGCUCAUUUGGAUCGAAUUGUACAAGAGCGACCGUGUCGCCGAUAUUUCGCUGGCUCAAUGGCUCGCUUUGACGCCGGCUGAUACUGUCGCAAAUGUGCUAAAGGUUGACAUUGAAGUCAUCCACCAGAUCAAGAAGCAGAAGCAGAUCCUGGUUCCAGGCAAAUAA